AUGGUCCUACCAAAACUGUCAGAUAUCAACGAAGUUAGCAAAAUCUUCCACUUGUCACUGAGUCUAAUGGACCUUGUAGUAGGCAUUGUUUCAUUAAUCACCGUCGUCUUCGAUGUCGUUGACGGAAUGGAGUUCGUUCGUCCUCUAUGUAUCACCACGGGUAUACUGAACAUUGUGGCUCCGACCAGUUCUGUCUGCAUCCUCGUUCUCCUCCAUAUUGAUCGAUUCCUGUCCAUCACCAAACCGCUCCGGUAUCCCGCCUGGAUCACCCAUCGAAAAGCACAAGCUCAGAUUCUAAUCGCCUGUGUUUCGUUAACGGGAAUUGUUGUAAUCGGCAUCGGUGUUUCACCAUCCUCAUGGGAUAUCAUCUAUUCGCCUGGUACCAUAGCCAUCUGUAUGGCUGACUUCUCAAAUGUCGAUUUUGCUCCGUACUUUGCGGCGAUAAUGCUCUUGGUGGUAUGGCUGCCUGCUGAUAUUGUCUUCGUAAUGUAUUGCAGAAUCAUCUGUAUAUCGUUGAAGGCGAGUGGCCAAAUACGCCGUGCCAAGGUUGCACCUGUUGCAGUUGCAACGGCUCCGGAAGGCCAUCCCAGAUGUGCCCAACAUGCACACCCUGAGAACUACCCUGUGAACAACGCACUGGAACCCGGAGGUUCAACGAUUCAAAUCAUCUUCAGUCUUUUGAGAAUCAUCUGUAUAUCGUUGAAGGCGAGUGGCCAAAUACGCCGUGCCAAGGUUGCACCUGUUGCAGCUGCAAUGACUCCGGAAGGACAUCCCAGAUGUGCCCAACAUGCACACCCUGUGAACAACGCACUGGAACCCGGAGGUUCAACGAUUCAAAUCAUCUUCAGUCUUCUGAGGCCCAAAUCUGGAUCGACUCAUGGGUAA